GGAGGCUCCGUCACAUCCGCUCCCGCCCAUCCGGGCCAGCGCGGCGGGGCCGGGACGGGCACCGGGGCCGGGAGGGGACGGGCGCCAUGGCCGCGGCGGGCGGCGGCAGGAGCGGCGCCCCCGCCGCCGAAUGGGGCGGCUUCGAGGACAACAUGCAGGGUGGCGGCUCCGCUGUCAUCGACAUGGAGAACAUGGACGACACGUCGGGCUCCAGCUUCGAGGACAUGGGGGAGAUGCACCAGCGCAUGAAGGAGGAAGAGGAGGAGGAGGCGGAGGGCGAGGCGGGCGCCGGCGAGGAGGAGGAGGACGGGGAGUUCCUGGGCAUGAAGGGGCUGAGGGGGCAGCUGGGCCGGCAGGUCGCUGACCAGAUGUGGCAGGUGGGGAAGAGACAAGCCUCCAGGGCCUUCAGCCUCUACGCCAACAUCGACAUCCUCCGGCCCUACUUCGAUGUGGAGCCCGUCCAAGUGCGAGCCAGACUGCUGGAGUCCAUGAUUCCUGUGAAGAUGAUUAAUUUCCCACAGAAGAUUGCAGGCGAGCUGUAUGGACCCCUCAUGCUGGUUUUCACACUGGUGGCCAUUCUUUUGCAUGGAAUGAAGACCUCGGACACCAUCAUUAGGGAAGGCACGUUGAUGGGCACAGCCAUUGGCACCUGCUUCGGUUACUGGCUGGGUGUCUCAUCUUUCAUGUAUUUCCUGGCAUAUCUGUGCAAUGCCCAAAUCACGAUGGUGCAGAUGCUGUCACUGUUGGGCUACGGUCUUUUCGGACACUGCAUCACUCUCUUUGUCACCUAUAAUAUCCACUUCCACUCCCUCUUCUAUAUCUUCUGGUUGGUUGUUGGUGGACUCUCGACACUACGGAUGGUUGCUGUGUUGGUGUCACGCACCGUGGGACAUACCCAGCGGCUCAUCCUGUGUGGGACUCUUGCUGCUCUGCAUAUGCUUUUCCUCCUCUAUCUGCACUUUGCUUAUCACAAGGUGGUAGAAGGUAUCCUGGACACAUUGGAAGGACCCAACGUGCCGCCCUUUCAGAGAGUUGCCCGAGACAUUCCAGCUGUUUCCAAUGCUGUAUUGAACACAACAGCCAAAGCCAUUGCAUUGACCCUCUAGUUUUACAGACUUGGACUUGCUUCCUUCACUACUUUUGGGGCUGCAUAGGGCCACAGUAACCUGCUGCCUGUUAGGAAAAGGACAGAACAGCAAGAAGACAACUUGGUUUUGUUUUCCUGGACCUGUCCUCUGCAUUACGGUUUUGGGCAGCUGAGCGGACUCAGCGGAAGCCAGUCACACCUCAGUGACUCAGAAGAGCUGCACUCUUCCCCCAUCCAGGUCUGGGCUAUCUUGAGUAGAGUGGUUCUGUUGCCUGCAUGUUUAGCUGGGAUUUCCCAGCACAGCUUGUUCCUUAGCCCUCUUUCCGCUUGCUGAUGUAACUCCAGGAGUAUCUGCCCUGUUCCUGUCCUGAGAGGGAAGAAUUAAAUUGAUGUUGGUGCUGA